CAGACAUGGAGUCUAAGAAGGUGGUGCUUGAUGAUCAGUUGGGGACUUUAUCGGGGUAUCAGUUCCGAGAGCUCCUCACUGACGUCGCUGACUCCUUUGAUCUGGACAAUGAACAUAUAACAACCAUUAGAUCAUACGAAGCCAAUCUAUACGUGGGGACUUCAAAGGGCAAGAUAUUGCACUAUCAUCUCUUCGAAGAUGCACCCAGCUACAUUCUAAUAACACAAUUAUCGAUUCUGGAUGAACCAGUGACAAAGAUGAUCAUCUUGCCUCAAACUCAAAGAGCUUUGAUACUUGCUGGAGGUACAGCCACUCUAUAUUCACUUCCUGAGUUGACACCUUCAAACAUUGGAAAGAUUAGAGACGCCCAUGAUAUUCUGCUCCUCUCAUAUUCCGUGCAUGCUACAACGCAGUCUCGAGCUCCAGUCCAGAAUGACAAGAUUAUAGCCUUUACUCCCCAGAAAAUACGGAUUCUUCAGGUGGGACCAGACCAAAUCAAGUUACUCAAAGAUGUGAACUAUUCCAAAGCCAUCAAAGGCAUUUCAACAGCAUCUGCUAUGUCUAGCAACUACAGCAACUUGGUAUUGGUCGCCAAUGAUUCUCACUAUGAUAUCAUCGAUUUGAAACAUACUAGAAAAAUACCUUUAUUCGAAUAUUCCAAUGGCUCAAAUAGAAAUGUCAAUCCCUACAUUAUUCCCUUCAAUGCAGAAGACAAAGAGGAGGAAGAGUAUCUUUUGACCAUCAGCUCGGACGAAACUACAUCAAUGUCCAUGUUCAUUAAUCCACUUGGGGAUGUCACUAGGGGCACAAUCACUUGGAUCGAAGAAGGGUACCCCAGUGGAGGUGUCGUUAUUGAAUGGCCAUAUGUGGUGGGACUAUUCAGUUCUUCAAAAGAUAAGAAUAAGUUGAUUUUCAGCUCAUUGGAAACUUUUGAAGUCGUAGCAUCUACAAGCUUGGACCAGAAGCAGCCAGACAAUAUGACAAAUGAAGAUAGAAGUGUUACAGAGUUUCAUGCUCCUGGUCUGGAGCUCAACCAUCAGGAACUUCAACAAGACAAUGCUGACCUCAAUAAAAUCGAUGAUAAAGAUCCCCUAUCAAAAGAAGAGGAGAACUUGAAAGAUGAUACGACAAAACUGGACGUCUCCAAAAACGCAGAAAGUGAUCAGGAAUCACUGUCAAUACCCAACACCGAGUUGAACAAAGAAACUGAUACCAUAGAAAAACAAAUUACUGAUGAAGUGACCUUAACUUCAAAAGAUAUUGAACCUAAAGCCUCCAAUUCGGAAAUGAACGACACUACCACUGAUAGUUUGCAAGUUUGUAAGGUUACACAAAUCAAGCUUGAUAACCAAUCAUUAAAUGACAAACUUUCCAGAAUCAACCUACUCACCAAAGAAAGAGAAUUGCCGGGGAUAUCUGAAGUUGAUAAAGGAUCGAUUCUUAUCUACAGCAAGUCAAAAGUUUGGCUAACAUAUCAGCUACACCAAAUUGAUGAAAUAUUAAUUUUAUUCCAUAAAGCAUUACUAUCAAGUACUACCAAUGAGUUUUCCAAGGCAUUGCAAUCAACGUUUGAUUCCUUUAAAGGGCUAAAGCACGAUUUCUUAUUGUAUUUGCUUAUUAUUUGUGACUUUCUCGAUGAAAACUAUGACAAUACCUUGAAGUAUCUAACUCGUAUCAAAGGGGGCGAGCUUAUUAUUAGUCCGUUGUUUGUCGUGCACUUUCUUUCUACGGCUGAACUAAAAGGAUCGGACAACUUUCUGAUAUUUAAAGGAAUUCUUGAAAUUUGCGAUGGUGUGAAAUUCAAGAAAUCUGAUGCCUUCGUUGCAUCUUACUUGAGCGAAGUAUACCCAGACCUAGUUAAGAAUGAUAAAACAUCAUGCCAAGUGAUUCGAACAUUAUUUUACGUUCAAUUUUCAGACUUAAAGCAAGCAUAUGAUUUUUUCAAAAACAAUGAUCAGGAUAAUUGGAUGGAACUUGACUCGACUAACAACGAAAUUAUUAAAAUCCUCCAAGGGAAAUCAAUUUCGCCAAUCCUAUAUGUCAUUUAUGAGAAACUACUAGCAGUCAGUUCUGCAAAUGUUCCGGAAAUAAUAGAGUCAUAUUGCUCGAUGUGUUUAGAGCUUUUGAGUGGUGAUAUUAUUAUUUUGGAGCAGUUAAACAUCACUAAAGAUCAGCUUAUAGACAAGAUUCUUGGUCAAUUACAAAAAAAUAUUGAAAAUGAAAAUGCUUAUUCAAAGUAUCUAUUAGAGGUUUUAAAGAUAGACUCAGAGAGAUCUUUUCAGUACUUGAAAAAGCACAAGAAUAGCAAAUUCAAGGAUACACAUAAAAGAAUUAUGGAUGAAAUAUCACAUUCUCACACUAACGAACUAGAUUUUUCACUUCUCCGUAUAGAAUAUUUGGAGGGUAGUUGGAUUGACUCCAACUACAAAAUAGAGGAAUCAAAGGAAUUGAUUUCUGAGCUUAUAAAAGUAUUAAUUUCUCCCACAGUAUUGAGCAAUGAGAAUAGGAUCAAUUUCGAAAUUUUGCUUGCAACAUUUAAGGUUGAAAACUCUUUGCAAGAAACAAAAUGGCCCAAACUUGAAUGGAUUGAUUAUGUACAUUUGAAUUUGAACAGAAAUGAAGCCAAAGAGCUUUUGAAGUUGUACCUAAAAGUAUUCGAGUUGCUAUAUCACAUGAAGUCGAAUGGGUGGAAUAUUGAAAAUUAUUUGGAAGACUUGUCCAACAUUGAGGGCAGGCUUUUUGAUUACUUAACUUAUCUCACCCCAAAAAAUACAGAAUCAAUCAUCGAUCUGCUCUUGGAAUUCCAUGAUUUCUCAUGUGCAGAACACUUUGCAAUUCACGGCAGUUUACCAUUUUCUUCUCAUUCACUUUAUUUCAAGGACUCUUCAUUUAUCAAAUCAAAAGAAACCAGUUUCACCAGUGGGGCAAUUAAAUCAAACUUACAGAGGAUUUUGGACCAUUACAUACGGGAAGAUGAAGCUGACUCCUUAAACAUUGCUUGCAUACGACACUUUGCUUGCACAUAUGGUUACUCCAUAUUCUCACCAACGGAAAUGCUCAACUUACUACCACAAGACAUUCCAGUUAUACAUCUCCUUCAGUACCUCGAGGGUGUAAUUAUAGACUUGAAGGCCCAGAAUCGAGAAGGGAUAGUCAAAAAGGCCCUCAGCAAGGCUGACUCGGCAUUCACAAGCAAGCUUUACAAAGAUCUUUCUCUGUAA